AUGAUUACGGAACUUCAGGAGAAUGGGAACAUUUCACAAUAUCUCGCUAAAAAACCUCGCGCAAACAGGACUAGACUUCUUUUGGACGUCGCAUUUGGCAUGCAGUUUCUUCACGAGAAUGGAAUCAUUCACGGCAGCUUGAAACCUUCGAACAUUCUUAUCACCGACAACGGGGAGUCCUGCAUCGCAGACUGCGGCAUGAUCAUGGCUGUGCCGAGUGCGGACACCUUUUCUCAUCAUUACUACAGCCCGGAAAUGUGGGAAGGUAUGAUUACUCCUUACUCAGAUGUGUACGCAUUUGGCAUGUGUAUGUUUGAUGUCCUCACGUCUGAACGGCCCUGGGGAAAUCUACCUUACGACCGUAUUCGCCAGCUCGUGGUGGAACAGGACAAGCGUCCAAAUCGCCCGGAAGGGGAAGCGUGGGACAUCCGAACAAUUCCAGAUGACAUUUGGAACCUUCUCAGGCGAGCGUGGGUGAGAGUGGAGAGGGCGCGUCCAGGCUUCGCCGAGAUAAUAUCU